ACGGACAGAGAGAAAAGGCUGUGCUGGAUUUGACUGGAGGCACUAUCGCAAGUCAGGGAGCAGGAGGGGUGCUAGGAAGGAAGGUGAGAAAAGACCUGGAUCAGUCCUGUGAGCCUCCUGUCAAAUCCAGCUAUGAAUUAUAACAGCACAAUCUUUUCUGUUCCAGCUCCUCCACUAAAUAUUUUUUUAUCUGUUGCCAGCCCCAUCACACUACUUUUUUGGGGAAAGAACAGGAUGUCAUCCAGAUAAUGAGAGCCCUAAAUGAUUGUGUGACUUCACUACCCAGGGAAAGUCUUAAAAAAGUUACACGCAUUGGAGUAUCUGGACAAAUGCAUGGAGUCAUAUUCUGGAAAAAAAACCAAGGCUGUCACUGGAUAAACAGCGGUAAUCUGCGAGUGUUUGAACCGAGAGACACCAGUUACCUUAUUACCUGGGAAGAUGGACGAUGCAAUACAGACUUUUUGGCUUCAUUACCUCAACCACAAUCCCAUCUCUCUCUGGCAACAGGCUUUGGCUGUGCAACUAUAUUCUGGUAUUUGAGGAACAGGCCAGAUUUCCUUGAUUCAUAUGAUGCUGCUGGCACCAUUCAAGACUAUGUGGUUGCUAUGUUAUGUGGCCUACAGAGACCUCAGAUGUCGGUUCACAAUGCCACCAGCUGGGGCUAUUUUAGCACCAGAUCUAAAACAUGGAAUAUUGACAUAUUGCGUGGAUCUGGAUUUCCGGUGCAUCUACUUCCUGCAGUUGUUAAUGCUGGGUGUGUGGCAGGAAAAACAUCGUAUGAGUGGUGUGGCAUUUGCCAGGGGACAGAGGUGGGAAUUGCUCUGGGAGACUUUCAGUGUUCUGUAUAUUCAUCUGCCACAGAGAGUACAGAUGCAGUCCUCAACAUAAGCACCUCUGCCCAGCUGACCUUCUCCAUGCCAGAUGGUUUCCAGCCUGAAGAGAGCCCCAACCCUGGAGAACCUGUGGCUUAUUUCCCAUACUUUAAUGACCAUUACUUGGCUGUUGCUGCAUCAUUGAAUGGAGGGAAUGUUCUUGCAUCAUUCAUCACAUUGCUAUCAGACUGGAUUGCUGAAUUAGGACUUGCUAUUCCUUCUUCUGCCUCAUUGUAUACCCGGGUGAUUGCCGCUGGUUUGUCUCAGCAUGAAACCCAUCUUACAAUUGACCCUACAUUGUUUGGUGAGAGACAUACACCUGAUAGGCUGGCAUCUGUAUCAAACAUUACAGCGGCAGAGCUUUCAUUGGGCCACGCGACUAGGGCACUCUGCCAUGGCAUAGUUCAGAACCUGCAUUCCAUGUUACCCUCCAGUAGACUUCAGGAAUCUGGCGUUAGGAGGAUUAUUGGAAGUGGCAGUGCAUUGUCCCGGAAUGAUGUGUUAAGGCAGGAAGUGGAAAAAAUCUUCCCAUUUCCUGUUCUAUAUGGAAAAGAUACGGAUUCAGCUUUAGGUGCUGCUAUGGUAAUGGUAAAGCAGUGGUGAGGAAAGCCUCACUGUGUUCUUUCCUGAUCAUUAUACACCCCGAUUUCAAUUUGUAGAAUUAAUAUCUAUGUUGAUCGGGAAGAAUAUAUCUCUGUGGGCUUAGCCCUGCUUCAAGAAAUACAUAACAAUACAUGCAAUUAUCUUAAUUGUAUUAAAAUGUGGCUACACCGUGAAAAUGUACCAGUAUUUUAGACAACACUAUGGAAAACUAUUCCUUAUUAAAAAUGAACUGUUACUUU